GUACGAAAGACUAGGAUGGACGGAACGGAUAAAGACAGUCUAGCUGUUAACACAGGGACAAGCACAGACUCUAUCUCGGAACCAUCGUCCACGAAUAGUUCCAAGGAAUCUGUAUCACCGUCCAAGUCGAUUUGUUCAACUUCCUCAAACUCUUCAGGAGAACAACCAGCGGCAGCGGAACCAGCAAAGGUAUCAUUUUUGGAGUCAUCAAAAGUUGCUGGAAAUGAAGAAAUCCCUUUACUUCCUGGAGAAAAAGUGCAAGGAAUAGAUGAAAAUGUGACGUAUCUAUGCCCAUACAACAGACCAAUCAAGGGAACAUUAACAGUGACCAACUACAAACUUUACUUUAAAAGUGUGGAACGGGACUCACCGUCUGUACUGGACGUGCCUUUAGGAGUUAUCAGUAAGAUAGAGAAAAUCGGAGGUGCUACCAGUCGAGGAGAGAAUGCCUAUGGAAUUGAUCUUCUUUGCAAGGAUGUGAGGAACAUUAGAUUCGCCCACAGACAAGAAAAUCACUCUAGGAGGCAGGUGUUUGAGAAAAUCCAACAGUUUGCAUUUCCCAUUACAAACAAACAGCAACUGUUUGCUUUUGAAUUUAAAGAAGACUAUGGCAUUGAUGGGUGGAAGGUGUAUAACCCAGAAGAAGAAUACAGGAGACAGGGCCUUCCUCCAGAGAGUUGGAGAAUCACCAAAAUAAAUGAGAAAUACGAGUUUUGUGACACAUAUCCCUCUGUGCUUGUAGUCCCUGCUGCUGUGUCAGAUGAUGACCUCAAGCAAGUAGCUUCACAUCGAUCCAGAAAUAGACUACCUGUGUUGUCCUGGAUCCACCCAGAAAGUCAGGCUACCAUCACCCGAUCUGCCCAGCCCCUGGUGGGAGGGGCUCCACUCCGCAGAAAUCGACAAGAUGAGCACUAUAUUCAGACCAUCAUGGACGCCAAUGCACAGUCACACAAACUCUUUAUCAUGGAUGCCAGGCCUCUUGUUAAUGCCCUAGCAAAUAUGGCCAAAGGUGGGGGGUAUGAGCGAGAGGAAUGGUACACAAAUGCUGAGAUAGCUUUCCUUGACAUUCAUAACAUUCACGUGAUGAAGGACAGUCUGAGGAAACUUCGUGAAGUUGUUUUUCCAACCAUUGAUGACAGUAAAUGGUUGUCCAACAUUGAGGCAACCCACUGGCUGGAUCACAUUAAGCAAAUUUUAGCAGGUGCUCUAAGGGUUGCAGAUAAAGUGGAGAGUGCUAAGACCUCGGUACUGGUUCACUGUAGUGAUGGCUGGGACAGAACUGCCCAGCUGACGAGUCUGGCGUCCCUGAUGUUAGACCCGUAUUACAGAACUAUUAAGGGCUUUGAGGUGCUUAUUGAGAAGGAAUGGUUGAGUUUUGGUCACAAGUUUGCCCAGCGUAUUGGACAUGGGGAGGAUAGACACUCGGACACUGACCGAUCACCCGUAUUUUUACAAUUCAUCGACUGUGUUUGGCAAAUGACUCAUCAGUUUCCUAAUGCCUUUGAAUUCAAUGAGCACUUCCUGAUCACCAUCAUUGACAAUGCCUUCAGCUGCCUGUUUGGAACCUUCCUCUGUAACUGUGAACAACAGAGAACAGAAAAGGGUCUGAAACAGAAGACGGUGUCUUUGUGGUCAUUUGUUAAUUGUCAGAUGGAGGAGUUUACUAACCCUCUAUACGCCGCGUCCCUCCAGCAGCACGUCCUGUUCCCUGUGGCCAGCCUCAGGAGAAUCGAAUUGUGGACCGGGUACUACUGUCGCUGGAACCCCCGUAUGAGGCCUCAGGAACCUAUUCAUUUGAGGAACAAAGAACUAUUGAUGUUGAAGGCACAGUUACAGAAAAAAGUGGAUGAACUUCUUAAAGAGCUUGAAAACAAGAAAGCUAAAGGGAAGCUGCUUCCCCAAAACAGUCCCCCCAGAAUCUCCUCCCCCAUCAAUGUGUGAAACACUGCCUCGCAUUGGUUGGCUUUUAUCAUAGUAGUUUAGAAGAUGUCGGCCAAUAUUCAAGUGUCUGGAUUUUGUCUUGUACAAAUGUAGAGACUGAACAACUUCUUAAAUAUCGUCCAGAUGGACAAAUAUGUGCAAUAAUAUACUUUUAAAUAAAGUGUUUUUGUCCUCAAUAGAGGAUUAUUAAUAAACUACUAAAUAUUUGCUUUAUUUUUCAUUUAAGUACAGAUUAAAUUAUGUGAUGAUGGUUGUCUGUGAAGCACUUUAUUUCCGUGUACAUGUAUGAGGGUAACUCAUUGAAGGAAGACUAUUGUCUCAUAGAGGUUUACUGAAAGUACUGAAAUUAAAUACAUAUAUUAACUCCAUUUAGGGAAUAACUGUCUUCAAAUUUGGUAUUUGCGAUUUUUACUGAAAGAACUAAAAUUAAAUAUAUAUAUUAACUCCAUUUAGGGAAUAACUGUCUUCAAAGGUAUUUGCGACCGUUAAAUCAGCAUUAGUGGUCGCAAAUACCAAAUUAGAAAAUUAGUUAUUCCCAUUCUAAUGCAACCAUGCAUUUUGUUUGUUGUCUAGAUGUUAGAUCCGCUCACAUACUCGCUACACUAACAUCUAACAACAUCCCAUAGGGGGUCACAUCAGAUGUCAAAUUCGGAACAGCUCUAGACCUAUUCACUUCGAUGAUGUCAACAAAUAUACGAUGAUUUUGCAGGCGACAAUUUGAUUGGUUGAUAGAAUUUGACCUCUGAUGUGACCCUCUAUGGAAUGUUGUUAGAUGUUAGUGUAGCGAGUAUGUGAGAGGAUCUAACAUUGAAUUUUAAUUAGAUUGUUGAGUUUCGUUAUAUCAAUUAUGUCAUGGAGCAUUGUGUUUUUGCGUUGCUGUAUUAUGAUGUCACAAUGAAAAGCUUUCACUCUCAUUAAUGUUCGUUUUACUGCUUCAAACAAAGCGCAUCAGCCAAUCAAAACAUGUUUUACAAAACAAUUGUAUUAGAAUUUAUUUUUGGUUAUAUUAUUUACAAGGAAACUGUCUUUGACCAGUUAGUAAUUCAGUAUAAUUUUUGGCCAUAUAAACAAUUGGUCUAUUGUAUUCAUCUGCUUCAUUUCCAAGUAGUUUUUUGGACGAAGACACCAUUAUUCAUUUAUUGUUAAAAACUAUGUAAAUUUUAAACAAAAAUAAAAACAUUAAACUCUGUAAGAACUUUAUUCAUAUGGUAACCUUAGAUAUUCUUUUUCUGCAUUUAAAGAAUCCUCAGAACACAUUCUGACUUUAUUCAAUGAUUGCCAGGGUCAAUAAGAAAAUACCACAUUUUGUCAUCCAGAAAAAUACAUGUACCUAGAUUUCUGGGACUUAAAAUUCAGACAUAGUGUCUGAAACUCAAAAUAUUCUGAAUUGCAAGUGUAUAUGGUAUAAAAUUCUUGAUGAAAUUCAUAGCCCAACUUGCAGUUUCCUGUGAUCUUGAAUUAAAUUUAAAGGUUCCAUAUAGUGGAAAAGAAAUGUUAUGGUCUUCAGUUCUUAUAACUGUACAGCUGUAUUUUAUGAUAUUGUCAAAAACGAGAGAAACAUAUAUAUAUUCUGUACUGUAUAUAUUUAUUGCAUUUUUCUGGCUUUAUAAAAACCAACAAGUACUGAAUACAGCAAUUAAAGAAUGACAAAGCUUA